UAGAUAUCCACCUGGAAUAGUGAUACUAAAAACUACCCGGUAGAAAUCGUGUUAUUUCAUUGCCCCUUAGAUGGCAUUGAGGAGAGGCAGGAGACUCUCAAAGCUUCUGCUUAGUGUGACGUUGGUAUUCAUUGUGGGUUGGAUGCUUAUCAAACACGGUCCUGUUCAGGUGAGCCUGUACGACUAUGGCUACAGCCGGCUGGAGUACUCGGACGCCAAUCACAUCCCGCAGGAUGACAGUGACUGCAGUGCCAUCCUGCAAGGAGACAUGAUGGCCAUCGAGCACGCAAAGGUCCUGUCAAUUACAAGCAGCUUCCUCAACAGCACGCGGAUCCCGGACGAGCACUACCUGGAGCUGACCCGGGACUGUCAGAGGUUCAGGUCUACGCGCAAGUACCUGGAGUUCCACCUGAGUCGUGAGGAAGAGGACUUCCCCCUGGCCUUCUCGCUGGUCGUCCACCACAAGGUGCAGAACUUCGAGAGGCUGCUUAGGGCCAUCUAUGCCCCACAAAACUUUUACUGCAUCCAUGUGGAUAUGAAGGCCAAAGCAUCCGUCCUUGCUGCCAUCAUAGCCAUCACAUCCUGCUUUGAAAAUGUGUUCUUGGCCAGCCAUCCGGUCAGUGUGGUGUACGCAAGCUGGAGCCGUGUCCAGGCUGAUAUCAACUGUAUGAGUGAUCUGUACAGGGCUAGUCCGCAAUGGAAGUAUUUCAUCAACCUCUGUGGCCAGGACUUCCCCAUCAAGACCAACCUGGAGAUGGUGCGCAGCCUGCGGGCGCUGGCGGGGGGCAACAGCAUGGAGUCGGAGGUCAUGCCCAGCGGUAAGAAGUCGCGCUGGAAGAAAGUGCACCAGGUUGUUGAUGGCAAACUUCAACGAACAGAGCAGGACAAAGCUCCUCCGCCCUUCGGUAUACCCAUCUUUUCAGGUGGGGCGUACAUUGUGGUGAAUAGGGGCUUUGUGCGUGCUGUGCUGGAGGACAGCAAGGUGCUGGCUCUCAUUCAGUGGGCUAAUGACACUUGGAGUCCCGAUGAGUUCCUGUGGGCCACCAUCCAGAGGCUUCCCGGCGUGCCCGGCUCCAUGCGCCCCAGCCCCAAGUUUGACAUGACGGACAUGCACGCAAUCUCCAGGCUGGUGAAGUGGCCGUGGCAUGAGGGGGAAGAGGACUCCAGCUCUGCAGUGUAUCCUCCGUGCCAUGGUAUCUAUGUUAGAUCAGUGUGUGUAUACGGGGCCGGAGACCUGCAGUGGAUGCUGCAGCAGCACCACCUCUUUGCCAACAAGUUUGACACAGACACAGACCCCAUUGCUAUCAGAUGUCUGGAGGAGCACCUUAGACAUAAGGCCCUGGAAGAAAUACACUAACGCAAAUUACUUUGUGUGCUCUGAACGUUUCGAACCUGUAUUUGUUAUCUCUGGGAGCCAACUCAAAUGGAACUUUUAUGGCGCCAUCUCUGUUUUAUCCAUUUAAAUGUCAUCCUAGAUAGAGGUGGUUUUGUUGGGAUAAAUAACUUUUAAAUGUCCUGGUGAUUUAUGUCCUAAUGAUUAUUUACAUUAAAGGGAAA